GAACAAAAAACGUGACGAGGCGCGCGCAGCUUCUCCUGGCUCGUUACGCAACUACCGUGACCUACUAACACACAUCUGUGUGUGUGUGUGUGUGUGUGUGUGUGUGUGUGUGUGUGUGUCAGGGAGAGAGAAAGAGAAAGAAGCUGGAGCGACAUGAGCACGCGGGACUAGGAGGGAUUCACGAGACACCAUACAGGACCACACACACACACACACACACACACACACACACACACGCACUUACACGGGAAACGCGUUAAGUGUUCAAAGAAAAGAAAGGAGGGAGAGAGAGAGAGAGAGAGAGAGGGAGAGAGAGAGAGAGAGAGAGAGAGAGGAUACCGGAGGACAAAAACACACCUCACUGCAGCCAAACCGGCGCGCGAGACUGCUUCAUUCCGAUUAAUCAGGAUCGUGUGGAUCAGCUGCUUCAACAAACUGAAAUCAUCUCCCAAAUUCUAAAUCCCAAAUCCUAAAUCAUCUCCUAAAAAGCUGAAUGUUGUUGAAUUCCUCCUUCUCCUCCUCCUGAUCAGUGUGGACGUCUGAGCGUACAAACAGGAAAACAACCUCUGCGUUCCCCCGUGCAGAACUUCACAGAACCAGAGAACAGCUUGAGCUUCUUCAGGUCGUAUCCUGUCUUCAAUGUCACAAAGAACAGCUAACACAAGAGCACAAUGGAAAGUCGGAAUCAUCCCGUCCAAACCCCCGGCGCAGACUCGGAGGCACUGGAUGUGAUUCCGAAUGUAGGAAGCGAGAACGCGGCGUCGCCGCGAAUCACCAGCAGCGCUCGUCAAGGCCGAGUCGCCAAACCGAAACCCAACGUGAACUGCAGACGCAAGCGCGAGUUCAUUUCUGAGGAAAACAAAGACGCGUCGUAUUGGGAAAAACGCCGCAAGAACAACGAAGCAGCCAAGCGCUCGCGGGAGAAACGCAGACUCAACGACAUGGUGCUGGAGAACCGGGUGAUGGCCCUCAACGAGGAGAACCUUCGCUUGAAGAUGGAGCUUCUGCAGCUGAAGCUCAGGUUCGGGCUCAUCAGCGCCGCUUCCUACACGGAGAAAACACAACAAAUCAGCAACGCUGCUGAAAACAAGCGCACUUCUGAAAAUCUGCAGCUCCCGAGCGCUCACGUCCUGAUGAACUCGGACUCGUCGGAGACGGAGCAAAUUACUCAGAGUGAAGGUCAAGCGUCGUUACCCAAAUAUCCCUCCCGAGGAUCUCUGUCCGAUUUCUCAGACGGAUCGUCUUUGGACUGUCCUGAACCGGCAACUUAUGAUAUGAAGCGAGAAAGCGCAGGCGUUCACGCCGGCGUCAUCAACGGCAUCGCGAGCCGACAUCACGAUCGAGUGCAGAACCACCACGGCAACGUGCAAGAACAUCACGGUUCUCAUCAACCUGCUUCUAACCAGAGGAGCGUGAUUCUCUACAGCAGCGGCUCGUACGUCACGCAGAACCAAGCGGAUCCAAAGCAAACAGGAAGUGGUGAUCUACCAAGAGCGUACGCUUUAGAGACUCUCUCAGAAGUGGCUCAGCAGCUCGCGAGGGGAUCGCUGGACGUGCCGAAUUACCAUGACGCCGAAACUAAAGCAGAUGUUCACUACACCCUUCAAGACCAACAUCUCCUGGAUGAAGCUGAUCUCCAGUACCAGAACAUCUACCUCACUGAACCACCAGCGCUAACCUGCGAGGGCGAUCUGAGAGACGACAGGUUCUCGUCUUUGAGUAAGGACACGUCCUCGAGCGACGGAGAUCCUCACAGCUCAGACAAAGAAGCGUCCACUGAUGACGAGUCUCCAUCUUCUUCAUCCUCAGAAACCGGUCAGAGCUCGCACUCUGGUCAGAAUGGAGGAACCGUUAAAACAACAGCGUUACCGCACAAGCUGAGGCUGAAACACCGAGCCGUGGCUAACGAGGAUUCCACCUCCAACACUUCAGCCUCUUCAGCACUUCUGCAGUGUGGACGAAACCUCACCCAGAGCGCAGACGGACCUCCUGAACCUUCUCCAUGCAGAGGCAGCGUGAGGACAGGGUCAGGAUCACGAGGAGACAGGAAUAAGAAACGUGACUGAGAGGGUUCCUCUCAGCUUCAGAGCAGAGACUCAGAUCAUCUCCACUGGCUCGCUCAUCAGCGGUCUGUAUUUUUAAAAUUCUGUUAAAUCUCGGAACUUAUUUUUGGACGUUUUCUGUCUUCUGGAUUACGUCCCUGAAGGAGAUUUGGCCUGGUUCCUCACGCUGUAGCUUGGACCGUCAUGGUGUGAUGAUGUCACACGUUUAGAACUUGCUAAAAGCAAAGCUAAAGUGCACUACAGUCCUCAAAACCUUCAGCACUUCAUCUACUUCAGCACUACAGGAACACUCGCUCACCUUCACCCACGUCGCCCAAAAGCAUCAUGGGAAAAAAGUCGAGGGAAGAGACGACGAACAGAAUUUUAUCCGACCAGGAACAAACGAUUCACAUCUAGAUGAAGUGAGAAGUGAAUUAGAACGGAUCCUGCUGUCCAUCGAUCAACACUAAAAAGAUGUCAGUGAUAACACUAAUGCAUUCACACACACACACACACACACACACACACACACACACACAGAGCAGGGUGAGAAUUGAUUAUCAGCACUUACUCACACUAUUUUCCAAUAACGUUAAGUGUAAAGACUUUUUAUCGCAGUUUCACAGCGAUUUUUAUCAGAGUUACACGUUCCAGUGUUUAAGAUCUCGCACUUAAUCCUGCGUUCACGCUAACAGGUGACGAGUCACUCGCGUGAAACAACAGUGGCUCUAUAUCGCUUCUAAAGCUAACUAAAUACUAAUUAAGAUUAGCAAAGUGAGCUAACGGUAGUAGCUACGUGCGCUCAGACACCAGCCCUCUCUGCGACUUCCUUCCACACUUUACUUUCCCUCAUGACGUCACUCAACACAUUUAACGUGACAGGAGGAGAAGAAACCACGGCUGUACGUUUUUCUUGCAGUUUUGCGGGAACUAAUUGCAGCUAGUGAGCGGGGAACUAACGAAACGUCGGACCUCACGCUCCGUAGGAUCGGUCUGAGGAAUUAUCCGAGACGAUCGUUUGGAUUUGUCGUUUUUUUUUUUUUUUACAGAGUCAUAACGAAUUUGUGUAGAAAUGAGAAAUUCUCCGUUUAAAUGUCGCUGAAAUCGCAGCUCUGUGUCGGUAAUGUACGUGGAAAACGAACGCUCUGUCACUCGCGAGUGUGAACGCAGGGUUAGCGUUAGUCACUUAACUGAAACACGUUUCUCACAAAAAUUUGCACGAAUGCGUGGAUUCGGCUGUCACUAGGGGGCGAUAUCACUCUGUCACCGCGAUUUGUCCGUCCUGUAAACACACAAGCGCUAAAGUUACAGCUCAGAAAUGAAACAAUACAGAAAACUCCGAACUCCUGAAAGCAGAAUGUGUUUGGGUUUAAGCGUAAAAUUUUCACCUCCCGUGUUUUUCUUUUUUAAACACAAAACGUAAAUGUUUGUUAUACAUUACAAACUUCACGCUAAUUUUAAACCUAAUUAAGAUUCAAAAGCAUUUAAAAAAUUUAAAUUUAAUAAACUUCUAAAAGGUAUUUCACGGCCGAGUAUACGAUGUUGUAUUUAAAUAUUUUAAAGAAUCGCGGCAAGAAAUUAAAUCCUUUUUAUUGUUUCCUUUUAAAAAUCCCGAUGCACAAAUAUCACGAUUUUAUCGUAUUCCUGAUUAACAGCACUUACAGCACUGGCACCUAAAUGAUAAAGUCGGUUAGUAAAAUUCUCUUUUUUGGUAGUUCUGAGUGAAAUUUACAUCUUGAACAUUUUAAAUAACGCAGUUUAAAGAUGAAACUCAGCGUCUGUAAAAACAGUAAUGUGUGUGAUGUUUGUACGAUCUGGAGAUACGAUCACUCCGAAAAUUUUAUUUAUUUUCACUCCAAAUGUUUCUUCUGUUAAAUUUAGCACCAAAGACACAGAGUUUCAGUGUCAUGUGACGUUUCUGCCACACACACGUUCUGCACUGUAAAAUACUGUAAUAAUAAUAAUAAUAAUAAUAAUAAUAAUGUUUUUUAGAGAACAAAAACACUAAAAUCAGCGCUCUAUCCCUUUACACUUUGUCUUAAUGCUGGAAUUUGGUUUUUUAGUGUCUUAUAAUUCAUUUAAAUCUGUAUUUUGUUUAUUUUAUUUUUGGUCUUGUCUCGUUAUAAACACUUUGUGGGCAUCAUGAUGGUGUCUGAGCCGUGAGGUUCAUGUGACACGACUAAAACCAGCCUCCUGUAAGAUAAAACUGUGAAUAAUAAUAAAAGAAGAAGAAUCACUUUUACAUGCUUUAAAGUAAGAUAACGUAAAACUGUACCGGAUUUCAUCAGCAUGACUUUAUCUAAAAUGUACAACUUAAAGUCAGGACAGGAUCAAAAUCUGAGGUUCCAUUUAUAUUCGGACUGAAUAUCAACGUGUCCACAAACGUAAAGAAGAAAAUAAAUCAUACUCGUGUCUGGUUUUGAAGAUUUGUAGCCGAAAGUGACGUCACGCUGCGUUAAAACUACAGCUACAGUCCGACUGGUUUAGUGUCGAAAAUAGUUUGUGCCUGAUUUCUGGUCGUAUUUGUAGACAGAAGCGGCUCCGUUAACAGAGUUUAAUACAAAUAGCAACAAAAUUCAGAAUGAAAACAAUUUAAAAAAGUCAUCUUACCUGCACACGGGAAUAUCAGAAUAUCAAUUUGAAGAAAAACUCACCCUUUAAUUAGAGAAAGUAAAGCAGGUGGAUCUCACACAGGUGUGUAAUGUUCAGGUGACCUCUUGUGGUCAGAAGGAGAAGUGCAGCUCGUUCAGUUCCCUGUGAUGUCACUCUGAAUCCCACUGCUGCUGAGUGCUGCACUCUGAUUGGUCAGAAGGUGUUGAUUAAUUCUCUAUAACAGCAGCUCUGACAGUAGCGCAGGUUUAUAUUAAUGCACUCUUUCUGAUACCUUAUUGUUUCCAUAGUAACAGCUCAUUCACAGGGACGUGUACAGCGGACGCUCCACUGAUGAUAAACAGAAUAACACGUGUAAUCGCUGAUCUGUAAGGAGAUGUGUAACGUUUAUGGAAGGAGUCUCCAGUGUCAGCGCUUUGUAACAGUCAGAGGUAAAGCUGGAACUUUAAGUUUUCCGAUGUCUUCAGGACAGAGGAGUUUACGCUUCUUUGCGGUUUCUCAGUAACAUGCGGAACAAGCUGCGAUUAUUUUCUCUUAUUAACUUGAAGAGAGAGAAUAAAGAGACGCUGGUGAGGGAACGAGUGUUUAUAGCUGCUAUAACGUAAGUGACGUGUGCAGUUCGAACACAAUUAAGAUCUACGAUGAUUCUAUCAGAGCUGAUAUCUGAGCCUCUCGUCUCCAAAAUACACUACACUCAGUAAAAUACACGGGUUUGAGAUGCACAAAUGUAAAGAUUUUAAAGUUGGAUAUCAGUUAAAGUGCACGUGCUGUUCAUGAGCUUGGACAGAAAUAUAACAGCAGGGGGCGUGUCCUAACACUGUUUAUAAACAAUGAAAGGAAUGAAAGGAACGACUGUUUAUAGCUGCUAUAACGUAAGCGAGAACAGAAACUUCUUUCACUCACAUUCCACAACAUUAAACGUAACUAUAAAUGGAUAAAAACUGACAUGUUGUUCUUUAAUAAAUAAAUUGUAGUUGCUGGUAAAUUGCUGUGGUGUAAGAGGAAUAAAACACUCGAGGACGUGCCGUUAAAGGAAACUAAUCAACCUGGAGUGAUGGCAGUAACUGCGCUUCACCUGAAGUUGAUUAUUUUACUAAAACGUUACAACAUGAAGUGGUUUAUUUAUUAUUUAUAACAUUUCAACAAACAAACCAGCACCAGAACUCAGUAAAUAUGAGCGGUCUGAUUUGAUUUAUUUCAUCGUGCGGAAUCUGUUUACUGAAACACGAUGAGAAAUCAGACACAAACACUAACGUGGAUCUGUUCCAGUUUGUAAAGUUUUAUACGUGACUAAGACAAAUACUGCACUGUUUAAUCGACCGAGAGGAGAAACGAGAGAGGACAGUUUGUCCUGACGCUUUCACUACCUCAGCAAACUCACACUGAAGCGUGUGACGUGUUUAAAGUGAGUUUUAUCCACUUUACAUGCAGCUUAGAGCCGAUUCACAUCAAUAAAAUAAAAUAAAAUAAAAUAAA